GUGGAAAUGUUUUUUUUUUUGGAGAAACUGCCGGUCAACCGAGCGCACGUGAUAUGUAAAUAAAAGUCAUACUGAGGAAACACACCUGCCGGGCCACUUCACUGACUUCUUGCUAAAGUUACGUUAGCUGCUCUGUUUCAACAAUGUUGACUGAAAAACAUGAAUGUAGACUGAAACGCACCUGUGCUGUUCUGUCGGGAGGUGCAGGGACUUAAACAGCUGGGGCAGCAGCGUUUCCGAACAGCCAAACUGACAAGACGAUGAAGAAGAAAUGUAACGCAGCAGCCACAGAGCUCCGCACACAGCCGGCACAGCAGGCUCUUGUUCCUGUUUACAUUUUGUCAAAUGUGAAACUGAAGUUGUGUCCGCCAGAGGCGGACAGGCAGGAAAAAGUCGCAGGAAUGUAAGCUCCGGGUCCGACAGGCUGCUCCGCGUGGAAAUGGACGAGAUAAGUCCUUUGUUGGGCAACCAUAUUUCUGGGCAACCACAGGAGGGCUCAGACCUUCCGUCUCCAAACCUGAGGCCGAGACACCAGGAACUGAUCCCGACACCGUGUGGACCGAUAAAGUCCUGGUCAGAGCUAUCAUGUCUGCUCAAGCUCUACUUCUGCUUCACCAUAGCGUCUCUGCUGGCGCUGCUCGGCCUCACCCUGUACAGCAUCUACAAGCAGCACAUGGACACGGAUGUGUCUGAUGAGGACAACUUCACUGUGUCCCUCAUUCAGUUGGUUGGAAUAUUGUUCUGCAUCUACUACAUCAGUCGGGGCGUGUUGCAGGAAAACAGACAGGAGCUGGUGGUAUUUGUGCUCAGUGUGUUGGUGGUGAUGGUUCGAUCGGUGGUCAACUUCUCCGUGCAGGGGUCAAAGGGCAAGCAGGAGCUGCUGGUUCGUUUUGUGUGCAUCAUGUGUCUGGGUGUGAUCCACGUCUUCUGCACGACGCUGCUCAUCCAGCGGCCCAACAUGAUGGCGUUCCGUGUGGGCGGAGCCUUGGAGAGCCUUCAGGAGCAAUACUUCCUGCUCAACUUGUGUUUCUCCAUGGUGACCUUUGACCUUCAGGCUCAGUUGUGUCUCUGUAUCCUGAUGACAACAUCAGACACAGCCAUGUCUGUUCCCAACAGCAUCAUCCUGGGCGUUGGAGUGGUGUGGGCAUGCCUGACGGCCGCUGUGGGGGCAGUUGCGGUUUUAAAGGAAGCCAAGGUCUUAGUUUGGGUCUUCAUGGUGCAGAACCUUCCUCAACUAGCCUUCUUUGUUUAUUUGAUUUACACGAUGGUAAUAAAAUGGUUCCAGGACAGCUCAUACACCUUGGAGGCUGCCACUGUGACCGGAGCUUUGGUUUCACUGGUGAUUAAAGUGGUUUUAUUCUGGGCCCUCAUCAGACUUGUGCAUAGCUUCGGUCAAGGCUUGAGGGAGAGGAUGUUUGCUCCCAGCAAGUGUUAAAACAUCUGGUGGAGUACCAAAGACACAGCUUCAUGAUGCUCACCAUGGAGCAAUUUUUUUAAAUUAGCAUCAGCUCCACCAAAAUAUUCAGUCAGCUGACCUGUCAUCUUUUUUUUCUUUCUUUUUAACGUGCUGUAUCCUGUAUGGUUUUAUUUUAUUUAAGCUAACACUUCAUCAGGGUGUCUGUCUAAAGGAUGUGCCUUUGUAAAUUGGAUUCAUAAUUAUUUUUUAUUUUUGUUUAUACAGUUUUAUGCAUUGUAAUAUCUAGAAUUUUUAGGUAGCCAACAUCUUCCAGGAGAUUUUAUUUUAAAAGUACUUUUUGUCUCUUUCCUGUAAAUUAAAUUGAAUGUUGACUCACUUAAGAUUGCUUUUUGAAAUCAUACUAUAAUAACUAUAACAAUAUUUUUUACCUAACUUCUUGUGGCACCUUAAUGCACUUACUCAAGUGUUGUUUUCAUUCAAUGUUCUUAAUAAAAUAUCAAAACAAGA